AUGGCCAUCUCCAGCCUCGCCUGCUGCCUGCUCGCUCUCCUGGGGCUCACCUCAGCCUGCUACGUCCAGGACUGCUCCCCAGAUGGCAAGAGAGACUGGAUGGACUCGGAAAUGCGUGAGUGCAGCUCCUGCGGACCCGACGGCCUCGGCCGGUGCUUUGGGACCAACAUCUGCUGUGAUAUGUACACCUGCUACCUGGGCGGCGCCCACACGGAGAACUGCGAAGAGGAGAACUCACUGGAGUUCCCCUGCCAGCCUAGCAAAAAGCUGUGUGGGGACAAAGGCUUCUGCUCACCUGCAGGCCUCUGUUGCAGUACAGAUGACUGCAUCAUCGACCCCACCUGUGACUAG